AUGUAUUGUAGACAUUUGAGAUGAAUGCUGCCACACACUGCAUAUUUGGUUAUACAGUCAAUAACACAGCCUCUGAUUGGUUAGUAAGUCGGCAAGGAAGCCUGUGAUUGGCCAAUAGACUGAGCUGAGGCAUACCAAGAUGGCUGAGUUGUUAACGUUGCUAAAGUUGCUAAAUAAUCCACAGUGUAGGAUCUAUCAUUGUGAAUGUAUUUUAUAAAGUCGGCCAUGGAACCGAACGGUCCAUAACUUGAUUUUAAAGCUUCUGAAAUGUAUAAGACCGCACUGGCACUCUCGACGAACGUCCCAUCCAGGAACUUCAGUACUGUGGAGAUAUCCAUCUUGGCAUAUACAAGAUCUUUGACGUCAUUUGCAACGCUGACACGCACUGAAGAGGUAAGUUAAAGAUAAUUUAAAAGGAACUACAAGCAAAUUAUUCCAAGUGACUAGACGAAGUGCCUGAUACAUUUUGAAUCAUUAAUUUUUCUUUAUUGUCAUCUUCAUACAGAGUUAAAGUUGUGUUAAUUUUAGCUGUUUAAGUUUUAACAAUCCCCAUGUGAGCUUAACUUAGCUAAUUGGCUAACAAUUAAGGUGAUGGACAUGCUGUACUCCAUGGAAAACGAACCAAACAAACGUUUUCUUCAUUUUUUUCGACAGAGACAGUUGUCUAAAAUGUUUUCAACAGUUUGUUAGCCUACAAUAGAAGAUGCUGGUAGUUAUUGACAUGAGUCAUACAUGUGUUCAGUCGUCAGGUCCUCAUAUUGUUUAGCUUUGAAAGGACUGAAGUGUGUGUGAGGCAGUGUUUAUCUUUGGAUUUGUUUUGGAUGUGCUUCUUUGUUUAGGUAAUGUAGUUAGGCUACUAUUGUCAUCACAGUUGCUUUCUAAGCAAGUAUUUGCAUUUUUUGCAAAGCUAUCUCACUGUAGGUUUGUAAUUUCCACAUGUCCAUUUCCAUUCCACAAUAACAGGUUUGAAGAGCACAUGGCCAAGUGAAUACCAUGUCAAAAAGAAGACCCAGACUUACUCCUCAAGCUGAGGCUACUCAAUUUAUUUUGUCUGGACAUGACAAGACUUGUUUGAAAGUUCAAUGGAUCAAUGUCUUUAAAGGUCGUGGUGUAUUUGCCUGUGCACCCAUCGAAAAGGGUUCCUUUGUGGUAGAAUACCGUGGGGAGUUCAUCUCAAAAUAUGAACGGGACAAGAGGCAAAAGAAGUACACAGAGAAGCAAAAUGCAUUCCUGUUUGAUGUUGACUGGAACAGUGACAUUUGGUGCAUUGAUGCCUCGCGUGAAGAUGGCUCACUGGGCCGGCUGGUUAAUGAUGACCACAAGUCCCCAAACUGCAAAAUCAAAAAAAUGACAGUCCAGGGUAAACCUCAUCUUUGCUUGUUUGCUAUCCAAAACAUCCAAGCAGAGACUGAAAUAACCUAUGACUAUGGCAAAUCUCAGUGGCCUUGGCGAGCUUUGACAUCAAGUGAUGAGAUUGGGACUAAUUCAGCAGACCCUGAAGUCAGUGAGAGAUCCACUGCAUCCUGUGAACAGACAUCAAGUGAUGAGAUUGGGACUAAUUCAGCAGACCCUGAAGUCAGUGAGAGAUCCACUGCAUCCUGUGAACAGACAUCAAGUGAUGAGAUUGGGACUAAUUCAGCAGACCCUGAAGUCAGUGAGAGAUCCACUGCAUCCUGUGAACAGACAUCAAGUGAUGAGAUUGGGACUAAUUCAGCAGACCCUGAAGUCAGUGAGAGAUCCACUGCAUCCUGUGAACAGAUCUCAAGUGUUGAGAUUGGGACUAAUUCAGCAGACCCUGAAGUCAGUGAGAGAUCCACUGCAUCCUGUGAACAGCUGAGAGGAAGCCUCCGUCUGCAAAAUCUGAAGCGACACCAUUCUCAUUGUGAGAAACGUUAUGAUGAAGCCAAAAUAAAGAUCUUUGAGAGAGAGAGGCUUAGGACUUUGUGUCUGACAACCAGAAUUAAUGAUUCUGUUGAACAUCCCUCAGUCCAUGAUGAAAGACUUCAUGUUGGAGACUCCUCAAGCUGUAGUGACCAGAUAUCAGAUCACGAUUCCUCAGAUCAUUCAGAUUAUGAAGAUAUCGACUAUGUUCCACAAUCACCUGGCAGUUCCUCAGACACAAGUCUUUGCAGUAGGGAACUAAGAAUCUCAGAAAAUCCUCUGGAAAAGGUCUUCAGGGACACAUUUCUGGGUAUAGCGUCAACACACAGUGGAGAGAUUGCAGGUUCAGAAAAGCCUAGAAGUUUUAGUUCAUCACCGAUAAGCAAUAGUCAUAGUUCUUCAGUAAGAAGGUGCAGUGCCGAUUCAUCUGAGAAGACUCCGAACAAUGACAGCGCUAUAAAAGUCUCACCAUUUCAAAAAUCCGGACAAAAAAGCAAGUACAACAAGAAGCAAUAUUGUUUCUAUUGUAAAAAGCCCAUUUCUAAAUUGGCAAGACACCUUGAAUCUGUUCACAGUAAUCAGCCUGAUGUUGCAAAGGCUCUCAGUUUUAAUAAGAAAUCUCGCAAAAGAAGAGAGUUGUUUAGGUGUCUUAAGAAGAGAGGAAACUUUGACCAUAAUGCCACUGUGGCAAGUGAUGGUGCUGGAGAAUGGGUUCCUUGUCGAAGACCUUCAUCAGCAAAACGAUCUGAUCAUUUCAGUCAUUGCAAAUAUUGUCAAGGACUUUAUGCAAGAGAUUGCCUUUGGAGACACGUAAGAAGGUGCCCUCAGAGGUCAGUUGAAGAGUUUCCCACUGGGCAGAAGAGGAUCCGAAUUGACUUACCAAAACCUCAUGAAAUUCAUGAAGCUGUUUGGAAGAUUGCCUGUGAAAUGAACCAGGAUGAGAUUUCCUUAGUAGUAAGGAGUGAAAGAGAAAUUCUUCGCCUUGGCGAGUCAUUGUACAAUGCAAGAAAACCACAUGAAAGAAGAAAUGACUACAUACGCCAAAAAAUGAGAGAGAUGGCUAGGUUAUUGAUAACAGCUAGAGCUACAACACCUUUGAAGUGCACAGAAGACCUUGUCAUGCCCAGUAAUUUUCGUCAUGUGAUACAAGCAGUCAGAGCUGUUGCUGGUUAUGAGUUGGAUAGCAACUCAUACAAAAUCCCAUCCUUGGCUUUAAAACUGGGGCACAGUUUGGCCAAAGUUGCUGGCAUUGUGCAGUGCAAUGCAAUCAUUGAAAAUCGCCAUGAAGUUGCAGAGUUGGCCAAGCAAUUUGCCACUCUCUAUGAGAAAAAGUGGACAGAGUCCAUUUCAGGUGCUGCAUUGGGUACACUUCAACAAGCCAAAUGGAAUAAACCACUGGUUUUACCAUUUACUCAGGAUGUGACGCUGAUGCACAGGUUUCUUGCUAUUGAGUGUGCAAAAUGCAUGAAGGACGUAGAGGAAAGACCUGACAGUACAAGCUUUGGUAAUCUUGCUAAAGUGACUUUGACGCAGGUAGUACUUUUUAACAGAAAAAGGCAGGGGGAAGUUUCAAAAAUGGAGCUGCAGACUUUCACAUCACGAAACCGUACAGAGUUGAAUCCUGACAUUAUGAUGGGCCUUACUGAGCUGGAAAAGAAUCUUGCAAAGCACUUUGACAGAGUUGAGAUUCGUGGUAAAAGGUCAAGAAUGGUGCCUGUGCUUCUUACACCUGAUAUGGUUGCUGCAAUGGAUCUGCUUAUAAAAAACAGAAUUGAGUGUCAAGUCCACACAGAGAAUGUGUACUUAUUUGCACGUCCAGGUGUUCUUUCCCACUACAGAGGCUCUGAUUGCCUUCGCACCUACGCCAACCAAUGUGGUGCAAAAAACCCAGAGGCACUCACGUCAACAAGACUGCGGAAACAAGUCGCAACUUUGUCCACAGUGCUGAACCUAAAAGAAAAUGAAAUGGAUCAACUUGCCACCUUUCUUGGCCAUGACAUCCGUGUGCACCGAGAAUUCUACCGGCUUCCAGAGAGUACCCUGCAGCUUGCAAAAAUCAGCAAACUAUUGAUUGCAAUGGAAAAAGGAAAACUGUCUGACCUGCAGGGGAAAGGGUUGGAUGACAUUGAGAUCAAUCCUGAAGAUGAAGUAGCUAUGAGUGAUGAUGACUCCAGUGAAGAAACCAGCAGUCACCUAGAUCAGCACAUAGGCUCGAGAACUGAGACCACUAGGGACCCAACACAUGCACCUGACUCUACCACAGUGAACAACAUGGAGGACACUUCUGACACAGCCAUACUGGACAACAUGGAGGACACCUUUGACUCAACUGCACCAGCAGCUCAAAAACAUCAGCUCAAAACCAUCAGCAAUGUUCAACCAAUAAAUGAUCACCAGCAAGACACAAUACUUGGUACAGCCCAAGUUUCCUUAAAGAGCUCCAACAAAAAGCAAGCUGAGAAGGUGAGAAGCAAGUGGACAGGUGAUGAAGUUCAGGCUGUUGAACGACACAUGAUUCGUUUCAUAACAAGCUGCAAAGUACCAGGUAAAAGGGACUGUGAUGCCUGUCUUCAGGCAGAGUCGGAAGCUCUGAAAGACAGAGACUGGUCUGCCAUCAAAUACUACAUUCAUAACCGAAUCACAGCAUUAAAAAGGAAGAUGAAUAGAUAGAAUGCACUGUGAUAGAUGCAGUUGAACUUUUUUCUUUUUAUUUUGUACAAGACUGUGUGAAGGUGUUCACUGCAGCCAAAUGUUCAGAUUUAUGAGCACCUGUUGUGCGGUUGUUAAUUUGAUUGAUUGGUUCUUACCUUGUUUUUAGAGAGAUAGCACUUGACGGAAGUGCUAGUUGGGCCACAAAGUCUUGUUUUUUCAAAUCAGUGUAAGGGAAUCCCUGUUAUGGAUGCACAGUGUUAUUUUUUCAUGUAAAUGUUGUUUGUUUGUUGUUUGUAACAUAACAAACAUGUUUUGUGUACUGCAUGACCUGCAGUAGAUGAAAGGAGGCACAGACCUGUGUUGCUCAUUCUGGGCCUUGUUUAUCUUUUCAUUAAAAGCAAGAAAGGCAGAAAGUGUUCCCAGGAUUUUUUUCACUUGAACAUUUACUGCUUCAUAAAUCCAACACAAUAAUAAGUAGACUGACCACAUUUGCUCACUUUUGUUGUAUGAACAUGUGAUAUUUCUUACCAGGUUACCUGAUCAGUGAGCAUAUACAUGUCUGAUUAUUAUGUAGAUAUUUCAGACGUAUAUAACAGAAAAGUUGCAAAUUAUGACUCUAUCCCAACUUGGUCUUUAUAAGUCACAAAAACUUGAAAAUUGUGUGUAUCUAAGGGUUUCACAAUUCACUGACAUAUGUAUAUAUACAUAUAUAAUGACACAACAUGAAAUAACAGUGUUUGAUGUCAUGGUACUCAUUUGUCACAUAAACCUGACAAUGUCCCCAUAAGUAGCAUUAAAUUCAGGUUUGACCAAAAUAUAGCCCUAGCCAAAAUCUCAAUAGAUCAAUGCAUUCCUGAAAGCAGCCACAAGAGGCAUUUUCAUUCCCAGGGCUCUAGGUCACUGGGAAAGGCACGUCCUAAUAUGUCACGUUUUUCUCACACGUCCUGAUAUGUCCUGAAA